UGCUAACGCAGCUGCGCGCGGCGGACCUCGCUUCUGACUGUUAGCAUGGAGCCCAGCUUGUCCACCGCCCCAGAAAACAUGUCCAAAAUGGACAGACUGAGGAGAAUCAUCACCGAGAGGCUGUCCGCGGCCACCAUGGAGAUCAUGGCCUCGGUGGAGAUGACCGUAACCGAAUGUGAGGAGGAGAUCGAGCGGCAGAGGAGGCAGCUGCAGCUCCUGCAGCCUCGCGUCAUUAAAGAGGAGCCAAAAGACGACAGGGGCCAGUUUUCUCUCUGUGAAGCCGGAGGACGUUUAUUACCCGUGAAGGAGGAACCACCCAGAUAUGAAAUAUGUGUGGAGAACAGCUGGAGUUUAGAAAACCUCGACUCCAGAAAACCUUCAGAGACAGACAUUUGUAUCGGGAACGAGGUAACCCAGAGGCACCACACGGCAGAGUGGGACUCCGACACAUCCUCCAGGGUCUCGACUCCAGUGGACGUGGUCAGACCUCCGGUCGUAGUUAUGGAGGACCUCGUAAACCUCCGGAUCUGCAUCCUAAGGGACUGGGACAUCAAGGUUCUUUCAAAAUCUGUUUUCAAGAAGUACCCGUUUCAUGAGCUGCAGUGUCGUUGUGGCCUGCGGGAAGAUGAAUUCUUGAAGUUGCUGAGGUCCACCCUCCCCCCGCUGGCCUCUGGUACACCCUUUGAGUUUCUUAUAACGGACAGAAGCAAAAAACUGUACCCUCUGAAAAUAGAGACCUUCACACCGGAGAAAAUAGUCAACGCUGCAGGGAACUCUGCCCUCUACAUCCGACCCAAGCGUCCGGUGGAACCUCUGGCAGGACACAACGAGCCACUGCAGGGUUGUGAGAACAGAGAUCAAAAGUCUCCAACCGUACUGGCUGCACCCAGCACCAAAAAUGAGACCAAUCAGAAGAAGCCUCCUCAAAACUGGAUAAAAGAUAACCAAGUAAAUCUGAGGAUCAGCAUUCUGGACAACUGUGACGUAGACAUGAUCUCACCACGUGUGUUAAGACAGUCCAGAUGUGACGAGCUGCAGUGUCCCUGCGGCCUGCAGGAGGCAGACUUCCUGAACCUGCUGAGGUCCACCUUCCCUCUGCUGGCCGCCGAUCAACCCUUUGAACCGUUAGUAACGGACAGAACCAGGAAGCUGCAGCCUCUGAAGGUAGAGUCCUUCACGCCGGAAGAGGUCUGCAGAGCCGCCAGGCAUUCCGCCCUCUACCUCCGACUGAAGCCUGCAGCAGAACUGCAGAGCACAGCCCUGCAGAGCAUUGAUGUUGAUGUUGAUGAUGAUGAUGACGGGUAUGAUGACGCUGAAUCUUCUCGAUCCACCCCACAUCUAACUGGUCCCAGCACCAUAGAUCAGCCUGGUCAGCAGGAGGAUGACUCUGAGCGGGUCAGUGAUGAAGAUGCCCUGGUGAACCUGAACAUCUGCUUUCUGGACAACCCUCAGGUUGAUGCUGUCUCACCACAAGUUUUGGAGAAGUACACCCCCCAAGAGCUGAAGUGUCUUCGUGGUCUGAAGGAGGCAGACUUCCUGGACCUGCUGAAGUCCACCUUUCCUCAGCUGGCCGAUGGUCGGCCUUUUAAUGUUUUAUCUGAUGAUGGCGGGAAGUUGGACCCGCUGAGGUUAGACAGUGUGACUCCAGAGGAGAUCAGCCGAAGGUCCACUGGGAGUUCGCUCCUUUACAUCCAGCUGAAGGAGCUGCCACAAAAAGAAAAAGACAAACUUCAAACAACGUCCCAGCCAUCCAGUCCAAACAUCAGUCCCAGAGUUCAGUCUGACAGGCCUCAGAGCACCGAACCAAACAAACUGAUCAGUCUGAAGGUCUGCAUCCUGGAGGACCCCGACAUAGAUGAGAUCAAUCCUACAGUGUUUCAGAAACACUCAGUUAGUGAUCUCCAGUGCCCUGCCAACCUGCAGACGGACGAGUUCAUAGCCCUGUUGAAGUCCACCUUCCCUGUGCUGGAUGGGACACCUUUUGUUUUUUUGGUCUGUCAUGGCACAAGACUCAGAGGUUUAAAUCUGGACAGUCCAACUCCAGAGAAGAUCAAAUUUAUCAUCAGAUCGUUAACUGGAACUGUCCUCUACAUCCAGCUGAAGAAACAACAGGAAGCCCAGGUUGAUGUAAAAAAGAGUCCUUCAGACGUUUCUGCUUCAACCAAAUCUUCAAAACGAAAACGAGUUAAAGACAGAAAGAAAAGGGUCCAAGGUCCCUCCAGCAAAUCCAAGUCCCAUCGCAGAGACGAGGAAACGGAAGACAGUGAAGACAGUGACGAGGACAAGCCCCCGAUACUGCAGCCUCAACCGGAACCGUGUCCAGAGACGUUAAACAAAGAUGUCCAACCUCCGGGUUUGAAAACAUACAGCGUAUCAGACGAAGACGAGACGGAGGACAGCGAGGACGGAGACAACGAGCAGCCYGAGCCUUCCCGGCUCAGGUUCAUGCCCAUCUUGACAUCCCWUYCCAACACAAACGCAAGUGACGAACCAAAAAAGACGAUGGAGGAGCCACCUGUCCUGCAUUCAGAGGUGGACGCAAACAGAGAGUCGGAUGACGAGGAAACGGAGGACAGCGAGGACGGGGACAACCAGAAAGACGCUGUCUCUGUCAAAGCUUCGAGUGUGAGGGCAGACAGACGGGUAGAGGACAAAACRACUACGGAGGGUGACCCCUGUCGGCAGAGCCCCAUCCUAAUCUCCCUGCUGACGUCUGACAAUACAAAGCAAAACACAACCUUUGAACUCGUGGAGAUUAAGGAGGAACAACCGUCCAGUCUGAACACAAACGACCAAUCAGAGGUCGGAGGAUCGCAGAUSGACYAGAGGAGCCGAGAGCCCCGAACAAAUGAACCCAGAGACCCUGAACCUGUCCAAACUCUGCAGCUUCCUCAGACCCCGGCAGACGCCCCUCGGCACGAGUCCUGUAAGGUCUGCCGCAGUCAGCACUUGUCCRUGAAGAAGCUGAUGAAACACUCGUGGACUCACGUGAACGAACGGGCCAUGCUCUGCGGCGUGUGCGGAGAACGGUCAGAGACCACGGAGGAACUGCGGCGCCACCUUCAUUCCCACCAAAAGACCCUCAUCUGCGACGUCUGCGGCAAGACCUUCAUCACCACGGUGGGCUUCAGGAGACACAUGAACGGGCACAAGGGCAACAAGCCCCACAAGUGUAAAACCUGCAACAAAGYCUUUACGGACAAGGGCACGCUGAAGAAGCACAUGAUGACCCACCAGAAUAGUAAAGAACAGAAGUGCACCGUCUGCCCCAGGUCCUUUACCUCYGACAUCCGACUGAAGCUCCACCUGCUCACCCAUGCAGACAGGAAYCAGGAGGAGACGUCUGCHGCGCCCGSCCCUGGKCACACGCCGGCCAAAGAGAUACGGUUCAGCUGUGAAAUCUGCAAGAGGUCUUUCUUCACUGAGAAAUGUUUCCAGGUUCACAUGAUGAAGCACAGCGACAGGAUGCCAGACGCCUGACAGAAUCCACCAGGAAGACACCAGACGCCUGACAGAAAGGAGUUUUCUGACAUUCUGUUCGUUUUUAUUUGUUCAACUGUCAGAUUUAAAGUGUUUUAACUGAGUUUUAACUGACUUUUAGUUACUGUGGUUUCUGUUUUUAUUAGCUGUUUUACAUUAACUGUUCAUGUUUGAAUAAAGUUGUGUUUUAUCUUUA